CUGCAACCUCUCUCAGAUCACACUAGCCCAGGAUUCUAACCAGUAGGUGGUGAGAGACAUUGCCCUCCUAUCUGCACCAUGCCAAGUCAACUCCAGAGUGCCAUGGACGCACUUAUAACCGUUUUCUACAAAUACUCCGGGAACGACGGCGACAAAUACAAGCUCAACAAGGGAGAGCUGAAACAGCUACUGAACAGUGAACUCACUGACUUUCUCAUGUCUCAGAAAGACCCCAUGCUGGUGGAGAAGAUCAUGAAUGAUCUGGAUUCCAACAAAGACAACGAGGUGGACUUUAAUGAGUUUGUGGUUCUGGUGGCGGCCCUGACCGUAGCCUGCAACGACUUCUUCCAGGAGAAGCAGAAGAAGAAAGCCAACUAACAGUUAAGUCCGAAAUGGCUUCCCCUUGCCUAUUUAGUGCACUACUAUUGGCCAAAGUCUCAUAGGGCUAUGACCGGUCUACAGUCGUGGUCAAAAGUUUUGAGAAUGACACAAGUAUUGGUCUUCACAAAGUUUGCUGC